AUGUCGUCUGAAAUUUUCGAUGUUUUGGUUAUUGGUGGAGGCAUAUCUGGUCUAUCAGCAGGAAACUAUUUAUUCGACCACAACGUGAAAAACUUUCUAAUUCUCGAAGCUCGCGAUCGUGUAGGAGGUCGAACAUGUACAAUCGAUUAUAAUCAGCAUGCAGUCGAUGUUGGCGGUGCUUAUGUAGGUCCUUUUCAAAAUCGUAUUCUUCGGUUAGCCCGCGAAUUUAAUGUCCGUACUUAUCGUGUUCAUUAUAAAGGAAAGAACACACUAACACUUUCAGAUGGACGUCGAUCGGUUUAUAAAGGAAUAAUUCCAACUUCUGUUGGUAUAUUUUCAUUAUUGGAUGUCAACUACAUUCUGUGUCGCACGCAAGAAUUGUGCGAACAAAUUUCCAAUCAGGCACCAUGGUCGAACGAAGCAUUGUCAGCAAAAUACGAUAAAAUGACUGUUGAAGAUUGGCUACAAACCUUAGGGGAAACAGAAGAAGCUAAAGAACUUUAUCGAAGUGCCGCUCGUACCAUCCUUUGUGUUGAGCCGAGUGAAGCAUCAAUGCUUGCUUGGUUGUCCACUGUUAACAAUGGAUUAGGUAUAAUGCGUUUAUGUGAAGUUGAGAACGGCGCGCAAGAGCGCAAGUUUCGCGGUGGUUCACAGCAAAUAUCGAACCAUUUGCGCGCUAAACUCGGCACUGAUCGCGUUCUACUUAACCAUGCUGUUAAACAGGUGCAAUGGUCCCCGACGGGAGAGUUAGUUAAAGUGACAUGUGCAAACAAUCAAGAAUAUACUUGUCGUCAUCUAAUCAUUGCUUUAGCACCGUCACUCUAUAAAACCAUUGAAUUCGAACCUGAAUUACCGGAAAAGAAACGUGAAGCAACUGAACGCAUGUAUAUGGGCUCGAUUAUCAAAACGAUAACAAUAUAUGAUCGACCCUAUUGGAAAGAGAAAAAUUUUUCUGGAAUUACGUUUGAUACAUCACAUGUAGCAAAUCCGGUGAUAUUCACUUAUGACGACUCGUUCGAAGAAGAUCGUUUCUAUGCUAUCAUGGGUUUUAUUGUUGCUGAUUCGAGCCGACAGUGGUCAAAAAUGACGCGUGAGGAACGUCGUCAAGCUGUUUGUAAGCAAUAUGCUCGUGCGUUUGACUGCAAUGAUAUGAUUACAGGUUGUCAAGAAUACAUCGAACAAGAUUGGUCUGCCGAAAAGUUUAGUGGUGGUUGUUACGCAGACAUAAUGCCUAAAGAAGUUUUAUCAUCGCUGCGUGAACAACUUUGGGUACCAUGUGGAAAUAACGGACAGUUGGUUUUUGCCGGUACUGAAUUAGCAACACGUUUUUCUGGAUACAUGGAUGGAGCAGUCCAAGCAGGAGAAAGAGCUGCAUUCGAAAUUCUUACUAAAUAUUUGAAAGUAAAUGGUGAGCAUUUAUCAUUGACAUGGGUAGAUGAAGAACCAGUAGAUCCACGCGAAGAGUGUCGAUCACCUGAUAUUACUAAACUUAUGUAUGGACCAUCAAAAAUCGAAAUGCUAUUACCAAAAGCGUCAACAGUGAAAACUCUUUUAAAAGUGGCGAGUCUUGCUUUAGUUGGAUUAACGGCUGUUUUUAUUAAAUCACGAUAUUUUUAA